AUGUGGGAUCUCACUCGUUUGUUAUUCGGCAGCUUAUUAUGCGUCACCUGCCCCUCUCAGCCGAGGUUUUUGGGCGGGGUUCUAAUCGCCACAGCAGCCUUGGGGAUGUCUCUGGAAAAGUUCAAGUUGUCAUCUAUACCUUGGUGUGUCGUGGCCUUUACAUAUAUUUCUCUCCACAUUUUUGCAGUUGUUCUUUCGCCGCUACAAAUCCUCUGGAUAAAGUCCAAACCGUUAGCUCAGAGCUCGUCGGGCAUUGUCAUCCACCAUCAACCAAAGGAAGAUGAAGGAAAGGCUUCGGUGGAUAUUGUUGCCGUGCAUGAGUUCCGGGCCGUUGGCGGAUUUGACGGAUUCGCCAAUGGACUUGACAAAUUCGCGAAUGGACUUGAGGUAUUCGCGAAUGGACUUGAGGUAUUCGCGAAUGGACUUGAGGUAUUCGCGAAUGGACUUGAGGCAUUGGUCACCGCCGGCAGUAAGAACCUCGACUCUCGAUUUAACUCUAUAGAGAAAUCAAUGCUCGGUGCAAUAUUUCUUGGUGUGCCCCACGACGGAUCACGUCUCACCUCCGUUGGGAAGCUUAUGUCCUACACUACUUAUUGGCUCGGAUCUAGCACACAAUUACUCGAAUCUCUACAGCCGAGAGAUGAGUCCCUCAGGGAACUCAAUGCUUCGUUUCUCCAGGGAUACGGCAGGCGAGAUCUUAUCAACUUUUUCGAAAGGCAUAUGACAAGAAUGGGGCAAUUCCCGUUGCUGCUAGCGGUAGACAGGAAUUCCAGCACCUUUGCCAGUACGGCAAACUUGCCUUUAGAAUCCAACCAUGUUGGAAUGAAUAAAUAUGCCACGCUACAAGAUGAGAACUACAAAUUAGUAUUAAGCGAAAUUAAAAGAAUAGUGGAAAAAAUCAAAAGCGAACCUUUGUACAUAACGCCCGAAUAUAAAGAUUGCUUGAAAACUCUUGAUUAUCCAGGCUCGGGGAAUCGCCGCGCAGCGAUCGAAAAAUCACACAAAUCUACCCUGGGCUGGUUAGACACAGAUCCCUCCAUUUCCGGCUGGUUUGAAUCUGAGGUUAAUUGCCAUAUGAAUAAAAAGCCAGGUGAAGCGACCCUCAGUUUUUUCUUCAGCGACCGAGGCGGUGAUCUGGAUAAGUCAGAGGCAGGGUGUUUGCGCUCACUUCAACAUCAACUCUUGAAACAAAUACCGGCAUUGUCUGACUACAUCCUUCCUGAGUACAAACUUAGGAAAGAGCAGCAUGCGGAGGUAUUAUGGCAUACUGAAGCUAUCAAGAAGAUGCUCAUAUCGAUGAUUGGAAGUUCCUAUGUGAGCUCAAUCCGAAUAGUUAUAGAUGCCAUAGAUGAAUGUCAGAAUACAUCCAAGUUCACCCUCUUGGACUUUAUUCAUGACAAACUUUAG